AUCCUGUAGACCUAGGGGGCAGAGCUGGUAAGAUGCUACCUCCUCUAGGGUCCCUGCUGCCCCAGGCCCCAUGCUGGCCAUGCCCGCCACUGGACCCUCUCAGCCCAUUUUUCACCAGCCUCAUCCUCAGCUCUCUGUUCACUUCUCCCUCCGUCACCCUUGUUCCAACCUGAUUCUGGAGCCCUGCCUUUUCCAGGAAGGCAUCUGUGUUGCCAGCUGAGGCCACGUAAACCUUUGGACACCCAACCACUCAAGGCCACACUUUAUACACUAUGACCUGCCACCCACAGCUGAAUGGACAAAGAGAGGGCAGCUAAUUCAAGAACACCUGGUUCCUGGGUGACCAGACCCCUAGGAAAUGGCCUGGCUCUGAAAGACUUAGUGGGCUCCUCCUAGGGGUCAGAGUGACCUGAAGGAAGCUGGGACCAAAAGACCACCCUAGCCUAUCACCCUGGCCACAUGGAGUCCAGCAGCCAGCUCUAUUCAGAGCCGAUGGACUACCUCACCUCACUUCUGGCCCCAAAACAAAAACUCUGUGGCUUUUCAGCAAUCUUUACCCUUCUGCUCCAGCAGAGUGGUGGCAUCAGGGACCGUGUGGGUCCAGUCUGAGGGGCCUGUGCCUAGGCCUAUAGGCUUUUCCUUUCUGAACCCAGAUCCCCAGCCCCUGAUGGGCUCUCCCAGUUUAUCCAUGACCCCACUCCCGAUGCCCCAGCCAGCCUGCUCCAGACACACUCAGGACCUACAGAAUCUUCUGGACCACUUCCCCGGGCCUCAGCCACCCACCCCCUAUCCCUCCCCAAUCUCCUGCUUCCAGUGGAGACACAGCCACGUGCUAACAGUCCCCCACACCCAUGGCUUCAGGAAACCUCCUCCCCUCUCUGUGCCUCUGUUCCCCCAACAGCACUGGGUAAGGAGGUGUCUCAAGACCUCCUCAGAGGUGACAGUCUGAUGUGACCUUCCCCCACCUUGGUCCCAGCUCUCUCCAUCCCCUGCCUUAGUGUCAGCAGUUUCCCUCCAGCCCCAGGGGAGGCCCACUGAGGGAGGAGGGGGCUCCUGCAGGAUGUCCUCAACUGGUGGCUGUGUCUGUGGGGCUCAAGACAGAGGCUGGGAAGGGUAGUUCCCAGCCGCCGGAGGAGAGAGCAGCCUCAGUCUCAGCUCAGCUGGGGGAUUCCACUGUCCUUUCCGAGGCUGAGGUCAGCUGCUGGGGGGGUCAUCUCCUUACCCUCUGGCUUCUGGCUGUACCGCCCCUCCCCGGCUAGGGCAUUACGACAAGCCACUGCACAUGGCACAGGUGGGGGGAAGGGGCGGCGCACAGGGGCGGAAGGUGAGCCCCACCCUCCGGUUCUGGAAAAGGCUGUGAGCAGAUGACAUGUUCAUCCUGUCCUGGAGCCAGACUGCGGCCCUGUCUGCGGUCAGGCAGAGAUAAGUCCCCUGGUUGCCGACAUGGCUUCCGGAACACAGACCUCGGUCCCAAGGGAGGGGCGGAACCUCGACUGUGGAGGCAGUCCUACCAGAGGGCGGAGCCUGAGCCGCGAAUUCUAAACACUCAGCUGGAGGCCUGGCAGAGGACUGGAGGGCUGGGCAAGAGUGAGCCGGGAGGUGAGGAGGACUCCAACUCCAUAUGAAACUGUGCUGCCAGUGUGCUCGGAACAGUGGGCCCUUUCAUGUCCUUCGCUCAGUAAAGGCAACACUGCCGUGCGAACGUUUAUGAGGAUGACGACUCGACAGCGCCCUUUAACAGACGCAAAGCGGAAGAGGUGGGCCGGAAGUGGAAGUGCGGCAGAGAGUUAGCGGCGCCUCAGUUGCCAUGGAGACUGGAAGGGGAGAGCAGCAGUCUGCAGAGUCUGAGUCCUACGCCUUCGCUGAGGAGACGUGGACGCCAACCACGCGUCCGACCCGGAUCCGCAGCCCCAGCCAGUCCUCCCUCGCCUACUCCGAGUCUUUCUACCAGCCAGGUAGUCGGCCCCGCCGCGUCUCGCCGCUCACGCUCCGGCCUCUCCCCGAGCCGCACCUGCUGCGCCUGCGCCCCACCUCGCUGCGCACCCAAGACAUCUCUUACUUGCUCACCGGCGUCUUUCAAAACUUGUAUACCGCCGAGGUGAUUGGCGAGGAGGUGAGUGCGAGUUUGAUCAAGGCCCGCGGCAGCGAGGAUGCUCGGCACGAGGAGUUCGUGGACCAGCUGCAGCAGAUUCGGGAGCUCUAUAAGCAGCGGCUGGAUGAAGUUGAAAUGUUGGAGAGACAUAUCAUUCAGGCCCGCGCACGGGCCCUUGCGGAGAAAGAGCGGGCCAUGCACCAGGCUGAAGUACAGGUCCUUGAGCCGUUCAUCAAGAUGCCUCCAGUGAAGACCAUCUUCAGGUGGUGUGUGGACAACGAGUUGCUACAGAAGCAUCAUUUGAUCUGCCCGAAUGAUUACUACAGCGAUACAGUGCCCUUUUGCUCUGCACCUAAAGGUGCCUUUGUCCCUGGAUAUUCAAAACUGACAUUUAGUUGUGAGAAACGUUCUGUCCCAAAGAAAGAGCUGACCAAGAAGCUUGCCUGCAGGAAGAUGCCCUCUCAGUCUGAAGAGGAGACAGACUACACCAUGGACAGCCUGACAUGGGACUCAUCUUUUAAGGGCAAGCUCAGAUCCAGAGCAACUGCCGAGAAAACAGGUUCACCGAAGAAUAAAAACUGGAUGAACCAUUUACGUGUGCCCCAGAGGCAGCUGGAGCGGCUUCUGCUCGCCAGGAUGGAGAGUCGGAACCGCUUCCUGAAAAACCCUCGCUUUUUCCCUCCUAACACUCCGUUUGGAGGCACGUCUCUUCUGUUUCCUCCCAAGAAGCCAGCACUGAUAGGAGAAUUCCAGGAUGGAGAGCUGGAAGAGAGUUGUGCUGAUACUCCAAUGUUUCUAGCUAAGCCCUCAAUCGCAUUUUUCACGGAUUAUGAAAUUGGACAAGCUUAUGAGAUGGUGAUCUCACUGCAGAACACCACGUCCACCAGCCGCCACCUGCGAGUCCUCCCGCCGUCCACGCCCUACUUCGCUCUGGGAUUGGGGAUGUUCCCAGGAAAAGGUGGAAUGGUGGCUCCUGGAAUGACCUGCCAGUACACUGUCCAGUUUUUUCCCGACUGCCUUGGGGAUUUUGAUGACUUUAUUUUAGUGGAGACCCAGUCAGCGCACACGCUGCUGAUCCCCCUGCAGGCCUGGAGGCCGCCCCCAGUGCUGACGCUGUCGCCGGUGUUGGACUGUGGUUACUGCCUCAUUGGGGGCAUGAAGAUGACCAGAUUCAUCUGCAAAAACGUGGGCUUCAGCGUGGGCAAGUUCUGCAUUAUGCCUAAGAAGAGCUGGCCGCCGCCAAGCUUCAGAGCUGUUGCAACCAUCGGCUUUGUUGAGCAGCCCCCCUUUGGGAUCCUGCCGUCAGUGUUUGAGCUGGCUCCGGGGCAGGCUGUAUUCAUGCAGGUCCUGUUCCUCCCAACCAGCCUGGGAAAGGCAGAGCAGACCUUCAUCAUCGUGUGUGACAACUGCCAGAUAAAGGAGCUGGUGACCACAGGAAUCGGGCAGCUGGUGGCUCUGGAUCUGAUCUAUGUUUCUGGUGAAAAAAGUCAGCCGGAGCCCGGAGAGCUCACAGACUUAACAGCCCAGCACUUCAUACGCUUUGAGCCUGGAAACCUUCAGUCCACGGCCAGCAAACUGCUGAUUAUUAGAAACGCCACGCACGUGGAGCUGGCCUUCCGCUGGCAGAUCGUGAAGCCCAACCUGAGGCCCCUAAUACCUGGAGAAACCUACAGCCUGGACAGCAUCAAGUCCCACCCCGACAGGGAGACGGCAUUCUCCAUCACCCCCGACAUGGGAGCUCUCAAGCCCCACACGGACCACGAGUUCCUCUUGAGCUUCUCUCCUCGAGAGCACAGGGAUUUUCACAGCGUGCUCCAGAUGGUGCUAGAGGAAGUCCCAGAGCCCAUGAGCUUGCACUUGGAAAACCCGAAGGAUCCCUCGUACUCUGUGGAUGACGUGAUUGUCCUGGAAAUCGAGGUGAAAGGCUCAGUGGAACCUUUCCAGGUUCUCUUAGAACCAUAUGCCCUCAUCAUCCCCGGGGAGAACUACGUUGGGAUGAAUGUGAAGAAGGAUUUCAAGAUGUGGAACAACAGCAGAUCUGCCAUCAGGUACACGUGGGGGAAGAUCAGCGACUGCCACAUCGUUGAAGUGGAGCCCUGCACGGGGACCAUCGAGCCCAGCGAGGUGGAGGAUUUUCAGUUGAACUUUACCGGGGGUGUCCCCGGCCCGACGAGCCAGAGCCUGCUGUGUGAAAUCAAAGACUCCCCCUCACCGGUGGUCUUACACGUGGAGGCGGCCUUUAAGGGGCCUGCCCUCGUCAUCGACGUCUCAGCCCUUCAGUUUGGUUUGCUGCGCCUGGGGCAGAGAGCCACCAACUCCAUCCAGAUCCGGAACGUCAGCCAGCUCCCGGCCACGUGGUCCAUGGAGGAGAGCAGGGUCUGCCUGCAAGAAAGGCAAGAGGGCGUGUCUCCCUUCAUCAUCGAGCCGUCCAGUGGCCAAGUUCAGCCGCUGGGGGAGUGCAGAGUGAGCAUCACGUUGGAGGCCCGGCACUGCCAGUGUCUGCAGACUGUCCUGAAGCUGGAGGUGGUAAACGGGACCUGCAGCCACCUGCCUGUGUAUGCCGAGGUGCAGGAGCCCUACGUGUACCUGCAGAGCAGCCAGGUGGAGGUCACCAACCUCUACCUGGGCGUGCCCACCAAGACGCCUGUCGCACUCAUCAAUGGCACACUCCUGCCCACACAGUUCCACUGGGGCAAGCUCCUGGGGCUCCAAGCAAGCUUCUGCACAGCAAAAGUCUCCCCGAGACGUGGCACGCUGGGCCCCCGUGAGGAGCGCCAGUUCAGCCUAGAGUUGACUGCUCAUACCCAGGACGAGUUGAUGGACCUGGCCCUCCCUUGUAACGUGUUGGGCAUGAAGGAGCCACUGGUUCUGGGCAUUUCCGGGAAACCCCGGGGACUGCAGGUGGCCAUCGCCAUCUCUACAGAGGACGGCGACAGCAGUGUUGCCAGUGCAGAGCUGUGGCCAGGCCACCCGGAGAGGCUCCACCUGGACUUCGGCUCAGCAGUGCCACUGCGGACCCGCGUGAAUCGCCAGCUUAUCCUGACCAACUGCUCCCCGAUACAGACCCCUUUUACCCUCAAGUUUGAGUACUUUGGGAGCCCUGCAAACAGCCUGCGCCAAAAACCCAGCCUCCCCGACAUGCCUCCUGCCCUGCUGAAGAUGGCUCGGAUGCGGGAGCUCUUGGCCAAGCGAGAGCAGCUGGAGUUUAUGGAAAGCAUGCUGUCCCACGGGAAAGGAGCUGCCUUCUUUCCCCACCUCUCCCAGGGCGUGCUGGGGGCCCACCAACAGCUUGGCAUUGACCUCACAGCCUGUGCGAACAUGUGGGGCGAGUACUGGGACAGCCUCAUCUGCACAGUGGGAGACCUGCCUCCAGCGGUCAUCCCGGUGCACAUGGCGGUGGUGGGCUGCCCCAUCAGCUCCCACAGGACCGCCCACUACACCACUGACCAGAUCCAGAAGGAGCCUGUUGUCAGGUUCGGCACCCAGGUCUCUGGAGGAGACACCAUCACCCGGAUCCUUCGCCUGAGUAAUUCCAGCCCCUGUGACAUCCGCCUGGACUGGGAGACCUACGCUCCAGAGGCCAAGGAGGACCGGCUGCUGGAGCUGCUGGUGUCCUAUGGGCCACCCUUCCCGCUGCGGGACCAAGCUGGGAACGGCCUCCUGUGCCCUGAGACCCCUGAGAGCAGCAGCUCCUUCUGGUCCCCAAGUCCCUCUGACGUGUCCAAGUCCAGCCGUGAAGCUGCCCAGUCUGCUGAGGGCGGUUCCAGUGCCGGCGCCUCCCAGGAAAUCAUCUCAGUCACCCUGCAGGGGCGCGAGGGGGUGCCCUCUGACCAGCUGUUCUCCAUCAGCCCCAAGCAGGUGGUGGUCCCCGCAGGGGGCAGCAGCACCAUCCGCAUCUCCUUCACACCCGUGGUCCUGGGCCCUGACGUCCUGCACAAGGUGGAGUGUACUGGCUCCGCCCUGGGCUCCAUGAGCUUGGAUGACGAGGUGGAGAGGGAGCUUCCGGGGAGGAGGCGCCGCCUGCAGGGCUCGGCUGUGGGACCCGUGAGGCUGCACCUGCACGGCUACGUGAGGCCUGCGCAGCUGAGCGUGGAGCUGGACUCCGGCAGCGUGGUGUUCUGGCACCAGGCCAGCGACCUCAUCCCCGAGCAGCGCUGUGCUGGGGUGCUGAGUGAGCUGGUGACCACCCGCCACCUGAAGCUGACCAACACCACGGAAAUCCCACACUACUUCCGGCUCCUGGUCUCCAGGCCCUUCUCUGUUUCUCAAGAUGGGGAGAGCCGCAGCCACAGGGCUCCCGGCCCCAGCUGGAAGCAGGAGUGCAAGGAGGGAACAGCAGCAGCCGGCAAGCAGCUGGUACUCUACCCACAGGAGAACAUGCUGGUGAAUGUGUCCUUUUCCCUCUCCCUGGAGCUGCUCUCCUAUCAGAAGCUCCCGGCUGACCAGAUGUUGUCUGGAGUGGACAUGCAGCAGAGCGCGAGUGGAGAGAAAAAGAUGGUCUUCACUCAGAAUCUGCUACUGGAAUACAGCAACCAGACCACUCAGGUGGUGCCCCUGCGGGCCGUCGUGGCCGUGCCUGAGCUGCAGCUCUCCACCAGCUGGGUGGACUUCGGGACCUGCUUCGUGAACCAGGGCCGCAUCCGGGAGGUCUACCUGAUGAACCUGAGCGGCUCCCGGAGCUACUGGGCCGUGUUGACAGGGUCACCCCAAGCAGUGGGCUGCUGGAGGCACGACCGGUCAACGCGCCCCCCACCUCCGUCCCCCUCCAGGUUUCCUUCACCGCCAGGAGCUGUGAGCUGUACGAGUCCACGCUGGUGGUGGAAGGUGUGCUCGGUGAGAAAUCCGGCACCCUGCGGCUCCGGGGCCGAGGCUCGUAUGAUGAGAAAUAUGCAUCGCCCUACUAGCUCUGAGCCUCUGCCCUCAACCCCCAAUACUGGAAAUAAACACGGCCCAGAGCUAUGGAGCAGGUUUACUGGGCAAAGGCACCUACUGGAGGACCUCUGAACAGCUCCUGGGAUGGAGGGACUUCCCCCCC